UUUUCCUGCCGGGCUGCUGCUUUGCGCUGCGGGGCCACACUGCGACCGCACGAGGAGGACGGAACCGGAACCGGAGCCGUGGACGGGUUCUGCCCACACAGCUGGAACAAAACCCGCGGAGGGGGUUCGCGCGCGCGGCCAGAAACGCACCUGAGGAAGCAGCAGCAGCGUCAGCGCGCGGUCUGAAAGCGAGGAAGAGGAGCAGGCUGACGGGGGCUCGGAGCGCGAGACGACGAAGGACGCGGUGCUGGACCCCCUCCCCCACCAGGAGCCACUCUCCGUUCUAGCGGCCGGUUCGGCGCGGGGACACCAUGAAGGACCGUACGGCGGAACUGCGAAGCGCUAAGGACAGCGAUGAUGACGAGGAGGUGGUCCAGGUCGACCGCGACCACUUCAUGGACGAGUUCUUCGAACAGGUGGAGGAGAUCCGCGGCUGCAUAGAGAAGCUGUCGGAGGACGUGGAGCAGGUGAAGAAGCAGCACAGCGCCAUCUUGGCCGCACCCAACCCUGAUGAAAAAACCAAACAGGAGUUGGAGGACCUCACAGCUGACAUCAAAAAAACAGCCAAUAAAGUUCGUUCAAAAUUAAAAGCAAUCGAGCAGAGCAUCGAGCAAGAGGAGGGCCUCAACAGAUCUUCAGCGGACCUCAGGAUCCGCAAAACGCAGCACUCGACGCUUUCACGCAAGUUUGUGGAGGUGAUGACUGAGUACAACACCACGCAGUCCAAGUACCGCGACCGCUGCAAGGACCGCAUUCAGAGACAGCUGGAGAUCACUGGAAGAACCACCACCAACGAGGAGCUGGAAGACAUGUUGGAGAGUGGCAAACUGGCCAUCUUCACCGAUGAUAUCAAAAUGGACUCUCAGAUGACCAAGCAGGCGUUGAACGAGAUUGAAACCAGACACACUGAGAUCAUCAAGCUGGAAAACAGCAUCCGUGAGCUCCACGACAUGUUCGUGGACAUGGCCAUGCUGGUGGAGAGCCAGGGAGAAAUGAUCGACAGAAUCGAGUACAACGUGGAGCACUCUGUCGACUACGUGGAGCGAGCCGUCUCCGACACCAAGAAGGCCGUCAAAUACCAGAGCCAGGCCCGCAAGAAGAAGAUCAUGAUCAUCAUCUGCUGUGUCAUCCUCGGCGUCAUCCUGGCAUCGACCAUCGGAAGCACAUUGGGCUUCUAAGACCCUCCCACCUGCUGCUACUGACAACCAGCGCCGAAACAACAGCCAGCAGAGAAAAAAAACAGACGACGACCCAAAAACUUGAAACACAAAUGCAAGACAGCUAACCAAUCAGCUUAGAGGACAUAUGAGUCCAAACACAAUAAGAGGAAACACAGAGGGUUUGGGUGGGGUACAAAAAACAAAGAAAAAAACAGAAUAACGCCAUUAAUGCUGACUUCACCACGCAGCCAUCUUAAGAGGUUCAAUACUAAAUGGAUGAACAUAUACAGCAACACGUGGGCUAGCUACCUGUGCAAACUGGUAACCUAUAAUAUGACAUGUACUUCUGUUUGUUUGUUUGUUUGUUCGUUCGGCUUUGCUGUUUGGAACAUUUCCUGGUGUAUUCUGGGAGUCCCAGAGGACCAUGACAGCUGCCGGGUCGGAGUUCUGUGGUCAAAAUGUGCUAACGCUGGAGACAUGGGCGCCUCCAAACCAUCCAGAAACCAUUCCAGAGAACUCCACAGCGCUCCAGAGUCGGAUCUGGAGCGCUGUGGAGCCACCGCCACCCGUCCUGCAGGACCAGCACCCCCAGGCCGACACACCGCCCCCGUUUGAGGGGCAAAGGCUGGCCUGGCUGUGAUUGGUUCCUCACUGCUGUCAAUCACACAGCCAGUGACUCAACAAAAACCCCGCCCACCGAACGUGUUAUGCAUGCCAACCUUUUACACUAGCGUCCCAUUGAUGUGGGGAGUCUCUCUGCCGCUAACAGCCUCCCCAUAAUGCACCUGUCCAACCAAAGAGCUGGGGGAGCCGGGAAGAGGGCGACGUUUGGCUGGAAGGGCUAACAGAUGGUUGGGGGGGGGGGGGUUGUACAUCGAAUCUAUGCAGCUUAGAUCGGAGGAAGACCAGUAUUCCCACCUCCCUAAGUCAAGAGAACCGGUGAAAAUUAGGAUCACAACCACACAACGUUCAGUCGUGGCGCCAUGUCCACUCAGACGCUGCUGUCCUUCCUGGACCCGUCAGACAAAAGUCCAAAAGAACCAGAACCGCGUCCAACAGCACAGUCACCAUAACUUUGUUACUUUAUUGUUUUGGAUGGUUGCUCUGUUGUUGCCGUGGCGCUGUUGUCAUGGUGCGUGCGUGGCUUGUCCCGUGGCGUCCGCCUGACAGCGUCUGUGUUUCCCGGCGGCGUGUCACAGAGCUGCACGUUGGGUUCUGUUAGCAGCUUUGCUGAGCAGCGGCUCUCGCUGACGGCGGACUGUGGGAGGUGGACGGCGGUGCACUCUCAUUCAUCUCUUCGUUUGGACACUCCGAACUCCUCGGUCACACGUGAACGUCCCCGUGUUGCUGCUGGUGUUAGGGUUAGCGCGCUCUGCAUGCCGUAGCGUUAGCUUCAGUAUCGUGAAAUUUGUGUCGAGUUUUCACGCGUUUUCUGUCUCUUUACUGUAAAGAAACUUCUUUCGUUUGUUCACAGCAGUGCUGGAAAAACCAGACCAUUUAAACAAUUGAGAAUACAGAUUGAAACAUGUAAGAAGAUAAUCUGGACACUAGCAGGUACCAUUCAUGCUAAGUUAAAGAAGCACAUGAGCUCAGCCAGGCUAACUGGGACAAAAACCAAGUUUAAAUGUUGUGAAAUGCAUGUCUGACUUGUCGUUGAAGAUGAAGUGAAGUUCAGACUAAUGUCUCCACUCAAACCUGGUGGAUCAAGCGCUCAAUGAAACAUCAGAGCAGUCCAUGGAAAAGUUGCAAAACUGAAAGAAGGUGAACCAGAAAGUAGCUUUUGGAAAACCCAAAGUCUUUUUGGAAAAGGCGUUCCUCCACACCAUCAACGACAUGAACCGCUUCGUGUCGGUGAUCCAGUCUUACCUCCAGGACUACAAACCACAGUUUGCAACUUGUCCAAGACUUUCCUUGAAGCUUGACUGAUUGCAGAGGUUGUGCAGCACUCAGGCUGUGUGAUACGGAGGUCCAGACGUCUGUUGAGGCCUCUGCUGGACAAGAGACCAGCUUGAACUCACUCGUCACUACGGUUUUGUUGAUGAAUCUGUAACGGUAGUCCUGGUUUAGUGUAGCGUCGGUAUUUUCUCUGCAGUCGUAGUGAAUAGCGCCAUUAGCUUUGAUGUCUAGUUGCUGUUUAGAUGAAAGUGUUUUAGCUUCAAGUUUAGGAGGAGAGGAGUUCUUUCCAUUCAUGUCCUGUAAAGCCAAAAAUACUCCGUGUUCACCAAAGCUCAGCCCCGCCCACGUCCCUCCCCGGCGCGUCCCAAGCGUGUCAGAGACCAGCUGCCGUUAGAAGGUCAUUGUCUGCGCCAGGAGUCUGCGUUCCUCUUUCACUGACAUUUCAUUGGUCCUGACGUUUCCAGAAGUUCAGGAACUCGCGGUCGACAGUCGACCACACAGGUGGCUGUGGGCGGGGACUGCAGUGCAGGUCAGUUUUUUGACUGUGCCCCCGCCCGAUCAAAAGACGAUCCAUUAUUGCAGAGAGGCAUUCCGCUCUGUGAAUUAGCAAAGUGAGUCUGUACGAGUGUUCGCCCCCCGCCCCCCCAGUCCGCUUGCUGUGUGUUGUUUGCAAAAGAAGACAAUGAGGGUCGGGGUGCCCUCUUCUCUCCAGCCGACCCCUCCCAUCCCGUUGUGUUUUUAUAAUUAUAAAGAGAAUAAGAAAUAAGGCAUGCAAAAGUUGUGGAGUUUGCAUGUUGGUGUUUUUUGUACCCCCCCUGCCCCCCAUAUCUUGCACUUUACUGCCCAUCGGACCUGUCGGAUUCUCUCAGCUCCUUGACUGACUUUCUCUGUUCUUUGCAAAUGUUUGGACCCGUGUCUGUUUGUGGAGCCGAGACGGUUUGAUUUCUGCCCCCAUCUAUCAGCGUCAUCUUCUUGAGUUUCCUCGACCUCCAGCUCCUCACAGGGCGAGACGCCGUCAUGCUUCCGUCGCAGGUUUGAUUCCGAACGAUCCUCCCGUCGUGCGUGCUGAUCAGUGCAGGUUUGUCUGCUGGACGUCCGGCUGUUCCAUCAACACAGUGUUGAACUGAGGGGAUGGACGGCCGCCGAACCACAGUCGGAUGGUCGCCGAACUGUAGAUUGAAGGUCGACCGACCAAUGCCGGACCGCAGUCGACGGACUGGCGCCGAACCGCCGCCUUGGCUGUCACUCUUCUAUGAUUUCAACCUAAACCAAAGCUCCCCCCCCCCCAUUCUCAAAACGUCUGCGCUGAUAUCAAAGAGCACAACGUGAGUCGAGUUUACACAGAAGUUUUCGUCACCGUAACGUAUCUUACAAAUGCAGCCGUGUUAAAGUAAACUUCCAACCCGCCGCCAGCCGUCACUGCUAGCUGGUCUGUCCACGUCUGUCCCGCGCAACAGUGCCCCCCCACCGGUCAUUCUCCUGUAGAUGUUCGUGAUCGAUCAGUGGAAACUAUGAUAAUCAUUUGUGAGCGUCUGUUCUGUUCCAGCUUGUUGGGAGACCAUGGAGCUGCUUUCCCUUCUGCUCUGCUGCUGGUUUGACGGACCGCCGGGUUCUCUCUGACCUGCGGUUCUUCAAAUGGACGGCAGCAGUGUGAUGCUUGGGUGUAGCGGUUAGCCGCAGCACAAGGCCUCUUUGUGGCGCCGGUGCAACUCGUGGCCGUUCGGCGUUUUGGGACAAACCAAACUUUCUUGAACAAUCUGAGUCUGUCGAAGCAAUCCCGAGCAUGUUCCGUGGCGCGGCGUACCGCAGCCUUGUUCACUGACGUUUCAAGGUUACAUGUAAUAUAUAUCAAUGUUAGAGCAAUAUACCGCGUUUGUAAUACCCCUCCCCCGUCAGACCGGGACACGAGCAGCAGGAGAAAAUCCCGCAGAGAGGUCGGAGCAGCACGGCUCUCUGUGAGGAUUUUUGUCUUCCUGAAGCAGAACCCAAAGCUGCACCGAGUCCUGCUCUGGACCAGAACUUACCCACAACUUUGUUUCUUUCACGUUGCUUUGAUCUGCUCUCGUCAGCAGCCAACGCAUUAAGCUCCGCCCACGUCUCUCUGCUCCGCUCUCUGUGAGGAACAAGACAGUAUUUGGCUUUUGACAGUGUUUUCCCCUUGUGGGGUGGGAGGAGUUAAGGGAGGAGUCAUAUAGAUAGACCACACCCACUUAUCCCCUUCAUAGCAAAAAAUAGAAGAGAUGCUAAAACCCUCUUCUCCCUGUUCUCCUUCUUCUUAUUGUUGUUGUUCUUCUUGAUGCGAUCAUUUCCCUGACUGUGAAAUCAAACCCUGACCUGAACCCGGAUGGAAACGCGUCACACAAAGUGAUCGAACCAACAGAAAAAUGUGGAAUAAGAGGUGAUGAUGAUCAUGUAAUAGCAAUGAUUCAAAGAAGUACAAAAGGAGUUAUGUUAUCAUAAAUAAUUGUAGUAAUAUUGAAUGCUCGCAAUUUUGUCAAACUGAAACUUGAUUCUUUGUGUUCUGUAAUUACUGUAAAUACGUUCAGAGAAAAAAUGACUUGCAUGUCUAUGUAUAAAUCUACUGAGAUAUCUAUUCCAGUCAAAGUUGA